AUGGACUCAACACUGAUUUUGUUCUUGAUUUUCUUCCAAAUCACUUAUACAUACUCUGUACUGUUUCCUUUCUUGCUUCAACUUAAUUGGCUUCGAGAUGAAAUACGCCCAUUGAUCGUCAUGGUGUUGGAUACCGGAAAUGAGGCUUUCCAAAAGGCGAGCGUUUCAACGCCGAAAAAUGACGCUCAAUCGUCCGGAAUCAGUCGCUUUUUCUCGCGACGUCGAAGAGCUAGAAACGAUGUGAUGAGCUCUUUUGUCGAACAUCAUUUGUCCAUCAAUCAGCUCCAGGAUGUUUACCCGGAUUCGUUCAUCUAUGCGCCGGAUCCGAUUCGUUCGGAUGGAUUGACGUCAGAAGAGGCUAGAAAACGUUUGAAAGAUGGGGGUUUGAAUGUGAUCGAUCCGCCGAAAGAGACGAGUCUGAUUCGAUCAUUCGUCUCUCAAUUUCACUUCAAAUUCUGGGUUCUACUUACAGGCGCUGCAAUGCUCUCAGUGAUCACCUAUUUUGUGCAUUUGGCUCACGGUUUCAAUGAACCACUCAAUCUUUAUUGUGCCGCGAUUCUUCUCGGCGUUAUCUUCUUUAUGUCAGCUCUGUCAAUUCAUCAAGAAAGAAAAACGCGAAUUGUACAACAAAAUUUCAAAAAAUUGCUUCCUAUCAAUGCGUUUGUGAUCAGAGAUUGUGAAGAGAAAGAGAUCGAUUUGGUCGAAGUUGUUGUCGGGGACAUCGUCGUCAUACGAGCCGGGUCACGAAUUCCGGCAGAUGUGCGACUUUUGCAAGCGCAUUGUCUCAAGAUCGAGUCCUCCGAAGUGACAGGUCAUCGUAAUGCUUCAGAAUAUACAGCAAUGAUGGCAGCUGCUCAUAUUUCAGCCUUUGACGCUAAAAAUAUCGCUUUAAGGGCUCUUAUUGUACAGAAGGCGAUGGACUUGGAG